GAAGGAGACAGUCAGGAAACACCGGAUCAUCACAGUGGACAUACAGUGAGAUCAGGACUUUGGAGGAAGAGACAAACGCAGACAACUUUCUCCAGAGCACAUGUGUAAAGCGAUGUUACAACGGACCGGCCCCCAGCUGCUUCUCUUAAUAGCCCUAUGCAGUGUGUUGUACUCCCGGACUCUGAGUCUGCCAUACACAUCCAUGAGACCGACGAGGCACGCAGACGGUCUGUUCACCAGCGGAUACAGCAAACUCCUGGGGCAGCUCUCAGCGCGGAGGUACCUGGAGUCUCUGAUAGGAAAGCGGGUCAGUGACGAGCUGAUGGAGGAGCCAGUCAAGCGUCACUCAGAUGCCAUCUUUACAGACAACUACAGCCGCUUCCGCAAACAGAUGGCCGUCAAGAAAUACCUGAACUCAGUCUUGACAGGGAAGAGAAGCCUGGAAGACCCUGGAACCAGCGACGCAGAAGAGUCCAGGGACGAACCCAACACCUUCCCGGAGAGCUACGACGACAUCAAUGUAGAUCACCUCCUAAACAACUUUCAACUGCCUCUUUGAGGAGGGGUCUGCGUUGAAUACCUCAACUCAUCCUCAUGAAACCGCCCAUUCCAAAAAAAACAACACCGUGUUAAUCCAAAGGACAGUCAAAGUCAAAUGAACCAACGAUGAUGUGUUUAUCUAUCUAUCCAUCCACACCGUACAUGUUUACACUGUAUAUACACAAUAUAUAUACACACAAUACUAAUCACUAAAGAUUUAUGGCUCAAAAAGUUUUUGGGCCGAACAAAGCAACACGUGUCUGCGAACAGUUUGGUCAAUCAGCGUUUGAAGACGGCGUCCGGUGACAGAAAAAUAUCAGCAGGAGCUCAUUUACUUUUAUUUCUUAGAUCAAUGUUGUUCCAUUGACUUUCAGUGGAAACUUUUCUCCCCUGAUAACUUUUGUAAGGAAUCACCGACCUGUUAAAAUUGAGGGAAAUCUGUCCCAUUAACCUUCAGUCAAACAUUUGAAUGUCAGCAGAGCAGCAUUUAGUUCUAAUAUUGCACCUUUAUCAUUGAUUUUCAGUGUUAACUUCCGUCGACCAACAUUUGUUGAAUUAACUUUAAAUAGAAAAAAAAAUAUUUAUAUUUUCAUGCAUAAGAGUUCCAUUAACUUUCAAUGGAGAACACGUCCAGUGUCUCCUCAAUGGGCCCCGUCACCUUUAAUAGAAGUCAAGUUACAUAAAACAUGAAUGUAAUAUAUGUCACAGUUUGUUUCAAGAUUAGUGUUGCACUAUAAACUUUUAAUGGAAAAA